CCGGGACUGGCUGUACGAGUCCUACUACUGCAUGAGCCAGCAGCACCCGCUGAUCGUCUUCCUGCUGCUCAUCGUCAUGGGCGCCUGCCUCGCCCUGCUGGCUGUCUUCUUCGCGCUCGGGCUGGAAGUUGAAGACCACGUGGCCUUUUUAAUAACAGUUCCAACGGCGCUGGCCAUUUUCUUCGCGAUAUUCAUCCUCGUCUGCAUUGAGUCUGUGUUUAAGAAGCUGCUGCGUGUGUUCUCCUUGGUGAUCUGGAUGUGUCUCGUGGCCAUGGGGUACUUGUUCAUGUGCUUCGGAGGCACCGUCUCUCCCUGGGACCAGGUGUCCUUCUUCCUCUUCAUCGUCUUCGUGGUCUACACCAUGCUGCCCUUCAACAUGCGGGACGCCAUCAUCGCCAGCGUCCUCACCUCCUCCUCCCACACCAUUGUGCUGAGCGUCUGCCUGUCUGCGACGCCCGGGGCCAAGGAGCACCUGGUCUGGCAGAUCCUGGCCAACGUGAUCAUCUUCAUCUGUGGGAACCUGGCCGGCGCCUACCACAAGCACCUCAUGGAACUAGCUCUGCAGCAGACGUACCAGGACACGUGUAACUGCAUCAAGUCCCGCAUCAAGCUGGAAUUCGAGAAGCGCCAACAGGAGCGGCUUCUGCUCUCCCUGCUACCGGCUCACAUCGCCAUGGAAAUGAAAGCUGAGAUCAUCCAGAGACUGCAAGGCCCCAAGGCAGGCCAAAUGGAAAACACAAACAACUUCCACAACCUGUACGUCAAACGGCACACCAACGUGAGCAUCUUGUACGCCGACAUCGUGGGCUUCACGCGGCUGGCCAGCGACUGUUCCCCGGGGGAGCUGGUGCACAUGCUGAACGAGCUCUUUGGGAAGUUCGACCAGAUCGCCAAGGAGAAUGAGUGCAUGAGGAUUAAAAUUUUAGGAGACUGCUAUUACUGUGUUUCCGGACUUCCUAUCUCUCUCCCUAACCAUGCCAAGAAUUGCGUGAAAAUGGGACUGGAUAUGUGUGAAGCCAUAAAGAAAGUGAGGGAUGCUACUGGAGUUGACAUCAACAUGCGUGUGGGAGUGCAUUCAGGGAACGUCCUGUGCGGUGUGAUUGGUCUGCAGAAGUGGCAGUAUGACGUGUGGUCACAUGACGUCACCUUGGCCAACCACAUGGAAGCUGGAGGGGUCCCCGGGCGUGUUCACAUUUCCUCUGUCACCUUGGAGCACUUGAAUGGAGCUUAUAAAGUGGAGGAGGGAGAUGGUGAGAUCAGAGACCCCUAUUUAAAACAGCACCUGGUGAAAACCUACUUCGUAAUCAACCCCAAGGGAGAGCGACGGAGUCCCCAGCACCUCUUCAGGCCUCGCCACACCCUGGACGGAGCCAAGAUGAGGGCCUCUGUCCGCAUGACCCGGUACUUGGAGUCCUGGGGCGCGGCCAAGCCCUUCGCCCAUCUGCAUCACAGGGAUAGCAUGACCACCGAGAACGGCAAGAUCAGCACCACGGACGUACCAAUGGGCCAGCAUAAUUUUCAAAACCGCACUUUAAGAACCAAGUCACAAAAGAAAAGAUUUGAAGAAGAAUUGAACGAAAGAAUGAUCCAAGCAAUUGAUGGAAUCAAUGCACAAAAGCAAUGGCUCAAGUCUGAAGACAUUCAGAGAAUCUCACUGCUUUUCUAUAACAAAAUCCUAGAGAAAGAAUACCGAGCCACGGCCCUGCCGGCAUUCAAGUACUACGUGACUUGUGCCUGCCUCAUCUUCUUCUGCAUCUUCAUCGUGCAGAUUCUCGUGUUGCCAAAGACCACGGUCCUCGGCGUUUCCUUUGGAGCUGCGUUCCUGUCUCUGGCCUUCAUCCUUUUGGUCUGCUUUGCUGGACAGAUUUUGCAAUGCAGCAAAAAAGCCUCUGCCUCUCUCCUGUGGCUCUGGAAGUCGUCAGGCAUCAUCGCCAACCGACCCUGGCCGCGGAUCUCCCUCACGGUCGUCACCACGGCCAUCAUACUCACCAUGGCCGUGUUCAACAUGUUUUUCUUGAGCAACUCUGAGGAAACAAUCCUCCCCACAGCCAACAUGUCAAACUCAAGUUUUCCUGCCUCAAACAACCAGGCAGCAAUUCUGCGUGCACAAAGCUUAUUUUUCCUGCCGUACUUCAUAUACAGCUGCAUUCUGGGGCUGAUCUCCUGCUCCGUGUUCCUGAGGGUGAAUUACGAGUUGAAGCUGCUGCUCAUGACGGUGGCGUUGGUGGGCUACAACACCAUCCUGCUGCACACCCACGCCCACGUCCUGGACGACUACAGCCAGGUCUUGUUUGAGAGACCAGGCAUUUGGAAGGACCUCAAGACCAUGGGCUCCGUGUCUCUCUCUAUCUUCUUCAUCACGCUGCUCGUUCUGGGUAGACAGAAUGAAUAUUACUGUAGGUUAGACUUCUUAUGGAAGAACAAGUUCAAAAAAGAGCGGGAGGAGAUCGAGACCAUGGAGAACCUGAACCGCGUGCUGCUGGAGAACGUGCUUCCCGCACACGUGGCCGAGCACUUCCUGGCCCGGAGCCUCAAGAACGAGGACUUGUACCACCAGUCGUACGACUGUGUCUGCGUCAUGUUCGCCUCCAUUCCGGAUUUCAAAGAAUUCUACACGGAGUCAGAUGUGAACAAGGAGGGCUUAGAAUGCCUUCGGCUCCUGAACGAGAUCAUCGCGGACUUUGAUGAUCUGCUGUCCAAGCCAAAAUUCAGCGGUGUUGAAAAAAUCAAGACCAUCGGCAGCACCUACAUGGCAGCCACGGGUCUGAGCGCUGUGCCCAGCCAGGAGCACGCCCAGGAGCCGGAGCGGCAGUACCUGCACAUAGGCACCAUGGUGGAGUUUGCGUUUGCCCUGGUGGCCAAGCUGGAUGCCAUCAACAAGCACUCCUUCAAUGACUUCAAGCUGCGAGUGGGCAUCAACCAUGGACCUGUAAUAGCCGGUGUCAUCGGAGCCCAGAAGCCACAGUAUGAUAUCUGGGGCAACACCGUCAACGUGGCCAGCAGGAUGGACAGCACUGGAGUCAUGGACAAAAUACAGGUCACUGAGGAGACCAGCCUUGUCCUGCAGACGCUUGGAUACACCUGCACAUGUCGGGGGAUCAUCAACGUGAAAGGAAAGGGGGACCUGAAGACGUACUUUGUGAACACGGAAAUGUCCCGGUCCCUUUCCCAGAGCAAUGUGGCAUCCUGAGGAGUCGCUUCGUCCUGGCAGGAAGACUGUGUUUCCCGGAAGGUGCCGCGCACUUUCUGACCACGACUCUUGCCCCCUCUUGAUGUGCGUGCUCUGUCCCGUCCCGUGGAGCCCUUGCAGACUCGUUCCUGUGACCCAGUGGCAUACCGUUUGGUGUCUGACGUGUGCCCAGAUUGUUCUGCCACUUGCACUGUGCUUACUCCUAAGCAAAAGGAGAGAGAUGAGCGGCGUGGAAGGAGAGCCUUCAGAGAGUGACAGAGGAGAGAGGUGAAGCAAACACAAAUUCUUAAGGCAAUAAAACUGGGGGGUGUAUAUUAUCUUCUGGUGCAUGUUCUUUUCUGGAAAAUACGGUAGCUCGCCAACUGCAUCCGCUAGCCGAUAUUCGAAAACACAGUAUUUGUGAAUAAGUUGAUUCCGUCUCCCCACAUGGAGUCUGUGCUCCCCCACCUGCGUCUUGUCGCCAGUGGUCAUCCACGGGCCCCAGCGGGGACCCGGGGCUCUGUUGUGUCUCGCGCCAGUAGCACGUUGCCAUCCAUCACCAGAAUUAGUUCCUACAGCCUAGGACCAGUUUUGUACCAAACAUGUCUCAUGUUUUGACGCCAUUUGUCUUUUGUAAGGUUAAUUCAUUAAAGGUUUUAUGUACUUUG